AUGGGGAUCGAUUUUCGUGAUUUUGAUAAAAAUUCAUCAGAUGACAGUGAAACAGAAUUAACAGAUGAAGAUUUUAUGGAUUUAGGUCCAAUAGAGAGUGAUAACAAUGAUGAGCAAGAUAAUGAAUCAGAUACAUCCGAUGUGGAGUUGCCGCAUCAUGAAGAUGAGAAUAAAAAAUAUGAUAUAGACGAAGAUGAAAAUGAAGAAGAUGAAGUGGUUAAAGCCAUAAAAGCAGAAAAGACAAAACCUAGGGACCACCCACCAGCCAUUAUUUGUGAAGAUUUUAUUGUUGACAUAUCAUUUAGCCCUUCAAAAAAUUUAAUUGCCUUGGCAAAUAUAAUGGGUGAUGUUUUGUUAUAUGAAUAUAAUAAUGAUGAAACCAAAUUGGUAAAUACAUUUGAAUUGCAUGUCAAGGCUUGCAGAGAUGUUGAAUUUGAUGAUACUGGAGAUAUUAUGUUUACAGCUGGCAAGGAUAAAGCAAUUAUAGUCACAGAUAUAGAAACCGGGAAGUUAAAACAGUGCUAUGAAAAUGCUCAUGAGGAGGCAAUCUACAGUUUACUUUGUUUAGGAAAUGAUAAAUUUGUGACAGGUGAUGAUGGAGGAACUGUAAAAUUAUGGGAUUUAAGAAAAAGCAAUCCACUGUUUAGUAUAAAAAUUGGUGAGGAAUAUGUGUCAGAAAUGAUUACAAAUGACACUCAAAAGUAUCUAGUAUGUGCUGGCGGUGAUGGUGUUCUCACAUCUAUAGACUUAAAAGGAGGAAAAAUACAUACAACAUCAGAAGAAUAUGAUGCGGAACUGACAUGCAUGGGAUUGUUCCGUUCAGACAAAAUAUUAUCACAGAAAGGCUUUUACCAUUGGAGAUACGUGCAGCUCACUAUAUUUGUCAUCCUUGUUGGCAAAAGGCAGAUCGUGCUGCCAGGCAUUAUUCAAUACCAUCUUCAUCAAGAAGUACCCUUCCCAAUAUCAGCAAUU